AUGUCAAUGCGUUUAUUACCAUUGACCGAAGUUGAACAUGUUGAAAUUCUUACUUUAUUGAAAUUUCCGGUAGAAUGGAAAAAAUGCAAAAAAUUUCAUGUUUCUCUUGUUGUUGGUGGUCUUCCACGGUGGAUUUUUGAAGGACUUAUUAUGGAUGUCUUAUACCAAACCUUAGAAACGUUUUUUAGAGAGAUGCUGAUCCAUUUUAAGGUUUUUUCCGCAAUUGGUUCAGGAGGAUCUGCUUUUGUUUAUGCUGCAUAUUGGAAAAGUACCCAAACAAAAUUUGCAAUUAAAAAAUUUGCCGAAGGUUUUACGAAAGAAAUGAUUUUAAACGAGAUUCACUUAAUGGAAAUUAUGAGAAGUAAAGUUGAUUUUCAUCCUAAUAUAAUUAGAUUUUAUGGAAUUACGAAUUUUGAAGGUGUAAGAGAAAAGCCUAUGUCAACAACAAAUGCUAUAUUUGUCAAGCUUUAUCAAAGAUGUUGGGAACGUGAACCAUAUGAGAGACCAGAUAUUGAUCAAGUAAUUUCGGAACUUAACAGUAUUGAUCCUAAAAUUCAUUUUAUCUCUAAAGAAAAUGAUGAAAGUGAAAUCAAGGAUGAUGACGAUUUUUCAAAUUGUGACGUUACAUUAUAUUAUUAG